AUGUCCAAACUCACCUUAUCGCACUUCUUACGUCCCCUGCGUCCACUCACUCAGCCCGGUCGAAGGGCAUAUGCAACCUCCAAACCAUCGGCAUCGGCAUCUCUCAACAUCCCCUCCACUCAAGGUGGUCCACAAGCACCUCUGGAAUAUUGUUCCUCGUUAGUCCAGAGGUUAGACCCCGAAGCGUGGCUAUGUAGUUAUUUCUGGCCUAGGAGGGAGAGGAGCUGGUACCUUGCAUACAGAGCUUUCAAUCUAGAACUCCACCUAAUCUCCACUACCGUCACCCAACCUGCACUCGCUGCUAUCCGAUUCCAAUUCUGGCGAGAUGCCCUCAAAAUCAUCUUCUCGACUAAUUCUGAGACCGCAUUGAAAGUACCUCAACAUCCCGUUGCGCUGUUGCUGGCUGACUUGAAGAGGAAUAGACCGGUGCAGAGGUAUUAUCUCAGUCAGAUGAUAGAGACUAGGGCCAAAAUCCUCUCUCUCCCACCGUCCUCACCAACCCUCGAAUCUCAUCUCUCCACCCACACACCCCUCUCCACCUCCCUCUUGCUAGGUCCCUUACCGAUCCUGCUCCCUCCAGCCGAUCCAGCAUCUUCACACAUAUCUCAUACCCUCUCUCACCUCUCUACCUUACUUACAACAGUCUCACUACUUCGUAAUUUACCUGUUUUAGUCUCGUCGAAGAGACAGAUAAAUUUCCCAUCGGACAUAUGUGAGAAACAUAAUAUAGUAGAAGAAGAAGUGCUACGUAAAGGAGCUGAAGCCCGGGGAUUUAGGGACGCGGCAUUGGAGAUAGGUACAAGGGGGAUGGACGAGCUGAUAACUGCCAGAAGGGAUUUGAAAGAUACAGGAGGGAAGGUGAAGCCAGACAGGGCGAUGCCGAUUUUCUUGUCUGCCGUACCAGCGGAAAAUUAUUUACAACGCUUGGAAAACCUGGAUUUCGAUGUGUUCCAUCCUGAUUUACAGAAACAUGAUUGGAAGUUGGCACCGAAGAUAUGGUGGAGAUUCCAAAGUGGGAAAUUAUGA